UCCUUCCAAAUACCCUCGCCAACCGAAAGAGAUGAUUAACGCUCCCUGACCACCAUUGCCUUGAAGAAGCCCGGAAGGUGCCUUCACAGGCACAGCAGAAGGGCUCUCCUCGUUACAAAUGCAUUAGGUCACAGGUGAGAUGGCGGGCGCUGGGCAGCGCAAAGGGAAGAAAGAUGACAACGGCAUCGGCACAGCCAUUGACUUUGUGCUGUCCAAUGCUCGGCUUGUGCUGGGUGUGGGUGGAGCUGCCAUGCUGGGCAUCGCCACGCUGGCUGUCAAACGGAUGUAUGACCGGGCAAUCAGUGCUCCCAGCAGCCCCACUCGCUUGAGCCAGUCGGGAAAGAGGAGCUGGGAAGAGCCAAACUGGCUGGGCUCCUCCUCACGCUUACUGACCCAGGACAUGAAGACUAGCCUCAGCCGUUCCCUGCAGACCCUUCCCACUGAUCCUUCAGCUGCAGACACGGUGCUGUUUAUCACUAAGUUAGUCUUCAACAGGCUACGAAAAGUGACCUGCAAUUCUCCUUCUGAGUGGGAUAACUUCUUCCGACCCACAAAGCCCAAGCCAUCUGCCAAGAGGAGUCAAGUGGACCUGAAAAAAUCUCGCCUUCGCCUGUCUCUGCAAGAAAAGCUUUUUGCUUAUUAUCGAAGGAAGGUGGCUAUCCCAGGAGAUGAGCAGGCCCGGGCCAAGCAGGCAGCCGUGGAUAUCUGUGCUGAGCUGCGCAGCUUCCUACGUGCCAAGCUGCCGGACAUGCCCCUGCGUGACAUGUACCUCAGUGGCAGCCUCUAUGAUGAUCUGCAGGUAGUGACAGCUGACCAUAUCCAGCUCAUUGUGCCUCUGAUGCUGGAGCAGAACCUGUGGUCAUGCAUCCCCGGGGAGGACACUAUCAUGAACAUUCCUGGCUUCUACUUGGUGCGUCGGGAAAACCCAGAGUACUUUCCACGUGGAAGCAGCUACUGGGAUCGCUGUGUGGUGGGGGGUUACCUUUCCCCCAAAACUGUAGCAGACACCUUUGAGAAAGUUGUAGCUGGUUCCAUCAACUGGCCAGCAAUUGGGACUCUCUUGGAUUACGUGAUCCGUCCAGCAGCUCCCCCAGCUGAUUUGACACUGGAAGUCCAGUACGAUCCAGAACGACAUCUAUAUAUUGACUUCCUUCCAUCCCUGACUCUGGGUGACAUCAUCCUUGUGGCCAAACCCCAUCGAUUGGCCCAGAAUGACAAUUUGUGGCGACUGAGCCUGCGGCCAGCAGAAACAGCUCGCCUCCGGGCCCUGGACCAGUGUGAUUCUGGCUGCCGUUGCUUAUGCCUGAAGAUCUUGAAAGCAAUAUGCAAAUCAAACCCAGCCCUGGGUCACCUCACUGCCAGCCAGCUCACCAAUGUCAUCCUGCACCUAUGCCAAGAAGAGUCCGACUGGUCCCAGGACAUGCUGGCUGAUCGCUUCUUGCAGACGCUGAAGGGGUUGAUCCGAUACUUGGAGGCAGGAGUCCUCCCUAGUGCUCUGAACCCCAAGGUGAACUUGUUUUCAGAGCUUACCCCUGAAGAAGUGGAUGAGUUGGGCUAUACUCUCUACAGCUCUCUGUCAGAGCCAGAGGUCUUGCUGCAGACAUAAUGGGGCCUUACCUAGAGAAGUAUUGAUAGGGUUUAGCCACAAUGGACUUUGAUUACCACGAAAUAUGUCUCCUCCAUCUCUCUCUCUUUCUCUUUUUCUCUUCUCUUU